CGGGGCUGGGGGCCUGGAGCGCCGCCGCCCGCCCGGGCCCGCCCGACUUGGUUCCCGACCCUAGCCGGACCCCACCGGCCCAGUGCGCGGCCCCGCGACCCCGGCAUGGUGCUCAAGGCCUUCUUCCCCACGUGCUGCGCCUCGGCGGACAGCGGCCUCCUGGUGGGACGGUGGGUCCCGGAGCAGAGCAGUGCCGUGGUCCUGGCUGUGGUGCACUUUCCCUUCAUCCCCGUCCAGGUCAAGGAGCUCCUGGCCCAGGUGCAGCAGGCCAGCCGGGUGGGCGUGGCCGUGCUGGGCACCUGGUGCCACCGCCGGCAGGAGCCGGAGGAGAGCCUGGGCCACUUCCUGGAGGGCCUGGGCGCCCUCUUCUCCCACGAACCCUGGCUGCAGCUGUGUCGGGAGAGGGGCAGCAAGUCCUGGAGCUGCAAGGCCACCCGCCGGCAGGGGCCCGGCCCCCUCGCCCCCGCCUGCGAGGACCCGGUCAUGCUCAUCUUCUACGACCAGCGCAAGGUGUUGCUGUCGCAGCUGCACCCGCCCGCGGCCCUGCCCGAGCGCCAGGCUGGGGAUGCCACGGCCAGCGCGGGCGGCCUGGCUGCCGUCUUUGACACAGUGGCGCGGAGCGAGGUGCUCUUCCAAAGUGACCGGUUCGAUGAGGGCCCCGUGCGGCUGACGCACUGGCAGUCGGAGGGCAUGGAGGCCAGCAUCCUCGUGGAGCUGGCCAAGCGCGCGGCGGGGCCCGUCUGCCUGCUGCUAGCCUGUCUGCUGUCACUGGUCUCCACUGCCAGCGCCUGUCGGGUGUUCCGGCUGUGGCCGCUGUCCUUCAUCUGGAGCAAGCUGUCCACCUGCGAGCAGCUCAGGCACCGGCUGGACCAGCUUACGCUCGUCGUCAGCGCCCGCAGGGCCGAGGGCCCCGCCCAGCUGAUGAGGAAGGCCAACACGCUGGUCUCCGUGCUGCUCGACAUGGCCCUGGGCCUCCUGCUGCUGUCCUGGCUGCACAGGAAGGACCGCUUCGCGCAGCUGGCCGAGGCGCUCGUCCCCGUGGCUGACCGUGUGGCCGAGGAGCUCCAGCAUCUGCUGCAGUGGUUGAUGGGUGCGCCUGCUGGGCUCAAGAUGAACCGGGCGCUGGACCAGGUGCUGGGCCGCUUCUUUCUGUACCACAUCCACCUCUGGAUCAGCUACAUCCACCUCAUGUCCCCAUUCAUCGAGCACAUCCUGUGGCACUUGGGUCUCUCGGCCUGCCUGGGCCUGACGGUUGCCCUGUCCAUCCUGUCGGACAUCAUUUCCCUUCUUACCUUCCACAUCUACUGCUUCUACGUCUACGGCGCCAGGCUCUACUGCCUGAAGAUCCACGGCCUGUCCUCGCUGUGGCGCCUGUUCCGAGGGAAGAAGUGGAAUGUCCUGCGCCAGCGUGUGGACUCCUGCUCCUACGACCUGGACCAGCUGUUCAUCGGUACCUUGCUCUUCACCAUCCUGAUUUUUCUGCUGCCCACCACGGCCCUGUACUACCUGGUGUUCACCCUGCUCCGGCUCCUGGUGGUCACCGUGCAGGGCUUGGUCCAUCUGCUCGUGGACCUCAUCAACUCGCUGCCGCUGUACUCGCUCGGCCUCCGGCUGUGCCGGCCCUACAGGCUCGCGGCCGGUGUGAAGUUCCGGGUCCUGGAGCAUGAGGCUGGCCGGCCCCUGCGCCUCCUGAUGCAGAUAAACCCCCUGCCCUUCAGCCACGUGGUGCGCACCUACCGCCUCCCCAGCUGUGGCUGCCAUCCCAAGCACUCCUGGGGCUCCCUGUGCCGCAAGCUGUUCUUCGGGGAGCUCAUCUACCCCUGGAGGCAGAGAGGGGACAAGCAGGACUGAGGGCCCGGCCCCCGGCCCGCCUCGCACCGCCACUUGCCAGUUGUCAGGGCGGCACACACCUCUUGCUGCCCCUGGUUGUCAGGGACUCUGCGGGCCCCGCCUGUCGCAUCUCCGCCCGACUCUGGUCCUGGGGGUGGUGAGCAGGGGGAUGCACGCGGUCAGCCAGGCCAGUGCCCAGCUUAAGCACCAUCACCUCUGCCUCAGGGCCCCCUGCUGACCUGUUGUGACGGCACAGUUCCCCUGGUCCCACUGGCCCCUGGGCCUGCCCCAGACCCGGACGGGUGUGCAGAGCCCCGCCUCUGCCCGCUUUGCCCAUUCCCAGUAGGAUGGGCCGGCAGGUCCUGGCUGCUCCCCUGCACCCCGCCCUGUCAUGGGUCCACUCAAGUAACCUCAAGACUCUGGCCCCCAAGCAUCUCCUUCCCUGGGGGCUGCCCCCUGGGGUCCCCAGUGCCUUCCAACUUGUCUCAGUGGGGCAGCAGCCAGCCGGUCUGGGGGUCCAAGCCGCCGCCGACCCCCAGCCUGGUCCAGCGGUUCCAGGAAGCUGGGCAGCAGCGCCCCUGGCACCGAGUCACACAGGGCUUCCUGUCGACGCUUCUGGGGAGACUGCUCUGCAGCAGGAGCUGCCCACGGCCCUCUGGUGUCUCUCUGUGAAGCCAGCCACAGGGGGUGCCCCGGCUGGCAGCAGGGACCCGCCCACCUGGCUGCCCGCUCCCGCCCUGCUCCCUGCAGGAACAGGCUUGUUGGCCAUAUCUUCCAUCCUGUCACUGGCCUCUGGCAGGGGCAGGCAGCCCCCAGGCAGGGGUCCCAGCACUGGUCUGGACCUGCCUGGCAGCCAUAGGCAGGAUCUGGGUGUGGGUGUGAGCCCAGAGUCCCGGGGGCGGGGUGCCUCGAGGCAGUGGCAUCAUGUACAACGUGUCAUCGUGAAGGCGGAGACGUGCAUGCAGCAGGCGGUGGGGCUGUGCCCCCGUCCACCCAGGCACUCGGGACUGGCCACCUGACACCCACGCUCCCCAGCUGGGGGCUACAGUGGGGAGGCCUGGGCGCAUCCCCCACAGCCCAGGGUCAGGCGGGUGGGUCCUGGCUCUGUCUUUUCUGCUGGGACAAUAAAGCCUCCGAUGUA